AUGGUGACACCGGAGUUAGAAUUCAAUAGGUAUCUCGGAAAGGGUUCGUACGGUUCCGUGAGCCUCUUCAAGUAUACAAAACCACACUCGACGCUCUACACCGCAGUGAAGAUUACCGACUACAAAAACGCCGAGUCUCUGGGCAAAGAGUUUCAAAUCCUGUCCCAGUUCAAGGGUUGUCCAAGAAUCGUCCAGUGCUAUGAGGACAGAUUGAUAGAGAAUCUAGACGCUGAGGGUAACAUAGAGUACAUGAUGCUAAUGGAGUACGCUGCUGGAGGAAGCUUGAGGACUUUCAUGAAGCGAUCCAAAGACAAGAAAUUGCCUGAUCCUUUGAUCAGAGAGUUUACUCGUAUGAUUCUUGAAGGCUUAGCCACCAUUCACAAACACGGCUACGUUCACUGCGAUCUCAAACCCGGAAACAUACUCGUUUUUCCCAAGUGCGUCUACAAGAAGGGCGCGUGGAGAUCGUCUUACGAACUGAAGAUUUCUGAUUUAGGGUUGUCGAAAAAAGAUGGAGACAUGAAGUGGUGGCAUCCUUGUCGUCCGUUUGCGGGAACGGCCAUCUAUAUGUCGCCAGAAUCGAUUGCUCACGGAGAGACAGGGACAGGACUUGAUUUCUGGUCGUUGGGAUGUGUGGUGUUGGAGAUGUACACUGGAAAGAAACCAUGGUGGCAUACAAACUUUGACUUGGAGGAUCUCAAGAAGUGGUACGCGCCACUGAUCCCGAGUGAUCUUCCUUGCGAUGCAAAAGAAUUUAUUAUGUCUUGCUUCACGUCAAAUACUGAAGAGAGAAGAGAUGCGUUGACGUUGUUAGAGCAUAGCUUCUUGCGUGGGGAAGUUAAUAAGGGCACAACGCCUCAUGAUGAUAAGAAUGAGAAUCCGAGGGACAUUGCACUGACAUUGGGGAAAGUUGUGAAGAGGCCAUCAAAAGUUAUUUCAAUUUUCAAAAGAGCCGGAGAAUUGAUGAAGAUCAUCAAGAAGCAGCCAAGACAACCGAGACACAAUUUGCUCCUGUUCACCAGCCUUGUCCCUUAG